UAUGGUUAGUCAGAAAGUGAUCGUCGAACGUGUGGAUUCACGACGAUCGGCUUUUUUAAUGUUUUUAUUAUUAUUAUUAUUAUUAUUUUCUUUUUCGGUAAAGAAAAUAUUUACUCUUAAUUUAUAUUAUGUGAAUUUAAUUACGCGAGAAAAAUUAAUGACAACUUGAAAGAUUAUUUUUGUAAUUUUCUUUUCUCGUGAGUGUAUGUCUGCGUGUGGAAUAAUUUUGUUUGUCAUUUUAUUGUGAGAAUGUUUUGGUGUAUUUGGUGGUAUGUUAAAGUGAAGUGAAAUUUGUGGAUUUAAUAAUAAUAAAAAAAAAAAAAUGGGACAAACCUGUCCCUUUGGAUUACUUUUCUUCAUCUUCAUUUUAUACUCAGGUUCAUUGGCAUUUAAACCAAUAUUAAAUCCCUCGGCAGAGGAAAUCAUUAUAAGCGAAGGUGAAUUAUUGGAACUGAAUUGUACAAGCGGUACACCAAUAAUUUUCGUUUAUCCUCACGAACUCGUAAAUAUUGAGACUUCAGACGCAACUUUAUCGACAAUCAUUGAUCCAGAUGGGAAUUUCAUUAUCAAUUUUCGGCGAUUGUCAGCCGUUUCCGGUGACACUGGGUGGUAUGGCUGUGCAGAAGAGGAUGUUGGUUUCCCUAGCAAGCAAGAUAUGGGUUACCACGCUCAAUUCUCCUGGACUUAUGUUUACGUAAAAUCUGGCGAUCAGUUACUAGUAGCGGAUUUAGAAUUGGAGGUUCUGCAUGCAACUUCAGGGUACGAUGAAAUUAUUCCCUGUCGUCCUACAGCACCUGAUUUGAAGGUUACGAUAUCAGUUAUUGGUGAUUCGGUUUAUGAAAAAAUACAAGAUACAUUCAAUCCGAAGGUUGGAUUUAUCCUCAAAAAUCCCAAAGUCAUUGACAGCAAUCAAUAUGAAUGUACUGCAACACGUGAAGAUGGUUACAGUCAAACGAUUGAUGUCUAUUUAAUGGUCACAACACCACCUCUAAUAGAAGAUUUAAAAAUUUCUCCCGUACGACCUCGAUAUGUGAUUCAGGGGCAAAAUUUAAGUGUCAAUUGUACAGCAACUUUAACGAAAGGAGGACCCUUUACUGUUCGUUGGUUCGGACCUCCUAAUAGGACUUUGAUUCAAAAUGACCCAAGGAGACCGGUUAAAAAUUACACGAAUCACUUGGGACUAAGUUCAUGGAAGUACACUGUAGAAUUAAAUAUUCUAAAUUCCACAAAUGAGGAUAAUGGUGUCUACUACUGUGAAACUAAAACAAAUGGUCCAAAGGAGGAAGUUAAGACAUCAAUAGAAAUACAUGAUCCUCGUAUUACUUUUAUCGAAGUGACCAGUGAUGAUCAUUACCGUUAUCACGUGCUGAACGAAACCGAACAUGUGAGAUGGAUAGUGCACAUUCAUGCUCACCCACCACCAACACUUAGAUGGAUGUACAGUUUAGGAAAGAAUGAGAUGCAACCAUUAUACGAAAGAUAUGACGUAUCACAUCAUUCUGAAUAUAAUAUAACAGUGGACCCUGAAUUGACAUUCACGACUUUCUCCAUUAGAAAUUUGAGGUUGGAUCAUUCCGGCAAUUAUACACUGGAAGUUUCAAAUCAACAUGGAAAUAAGUCCAUCACAUUUUCACUCUAUGUUAGAAUGAGGCCAAGAAAUAAUAUUAAAGUACACGCGUAUUACGCUCCAAAUCAAUUAGUCGAGAUAAGAAAUGAAGUGGACGCAUAUCCAGCGAGCAAUGUGACCUGGAGUUAUCUUAAUUGUCCUCAUUAUCCAUCUCGACUUGGUUGUUUUGCCGAAUACAUUUUGGAGUGGACUUUAACUGAAGAGUCACCUAUUAGGUAUGAGACAAUAGUGAAAUUUCAUGUUAAAAUGACUGGUAUUAUUACAUGCGUUGCUUGCAAUGAAGUUGGUUGUGAAACGGCACGUGAAGUUAUUUUUGUUUCUGAUGGAAGUAAUGGUGUCGGAGUAAUAAUUCCUGAGAGUCAAAUGACAGUUGGAGAUGACUUGGAACUAAUUUGUUUCGCAUCCAUUUAUAACUAUACUAAUAAUUUAAGAUGGCAAAUUGACGAACAAAAUAUUAUUGAAAACGACAGGGUGAAAGUAAUUGUCGAAACAACUCAGUUUACACAUCGUUCAACGUUGUCAAUAAAAAAUUUACAAAAAUCGGAUGCGACUGAAUAUACAUGCGUGGCGACUGCUAACGAUUUCAACGAAUAUAGGGAAUACUAUAUUCUGAAUUUAGCUGAUCCGAAACCAGCGAAAAUUAUCGAAUCAAACAUGAACGGUACGGAAGUAACUUUCGAUUUAAAUAUUCUGGGUCACAAUACAAUAAGUUUAACUUGUGCUGCCACUGGAACACCUAAACCUAAUGUCACGUGGUACAAGGAUGGCAAUUUACUUGAAAGAAACAAUCAGUAUUUUUUUACUCGAAGUAAACAGGAAUUAAAUAUAAAAUAUCUCGAUGAAGGCGACAGUGGCAAAUAUUUGUGUCGUGCUGAAAAUCGUUUUGCUAAAGAGGAAAGAUUUCUUAUGUUCAUUGUCGUUGGAAAAGAAUUGCCAAAGACUUGGAUUAUUGCUGGCUGUGGUGUAUUAAUUGUUUGCUGUAUACUCACUAUUAUUUAUUGCAUCAAAUUCAGGAGAGAAAGGGUAAUGAGAAAGCAGUUGAUGGAGGCUGGAUUGACUCAUUUUGAAGAAGGAGCACUUGAAUGUUUAAAUCCUGACCUAACACUCGAAGAUCAAGCGGAGCAUCUUCCUUACGACAAAAAAUAUGAAUUUCCACGAGAGAAAUUGGAUCUUGGAAAGCAAUUGGGCAGCGGAGCGUUUGGCGUUGUGAGAAAAGCGCGUGCGCGGGGAAUUUUGGAAAAUGAAGAUGUCACCACUGUUGCUGUGAAAAUGGUGAAACGAACAAUUGAUCCAACUUAUAUAAAAGCACUCGUCAGCGAACUUAAAAUUAUGAUUCAUCUUGGAAAGCAUCUCAAUGUUGUUAAUCUCCUCGGUGCUUGUACAAAAAAUAUUUCCAAAAGUGAACUUUUAGUCAUUGUGGAGUACUGCCAUUUUGGAAAUCUACACAAUUACCUUCUUCGACAUAGAGGCGAUUUUAUAGAUCAAAUUGAUCCUACUACAGGGAAAUUGGAUGUUAAUAUUGGUCAGGAUAUUUUAUCCAAAGUCAAUAAUUACGAUGAUGUAAACAGGGUAAAAUAUGCUGCAUUGUCUUUUUCUCCUAGUCAUAGCAAUAAUUCGGAUAAUACUCCUCGACCUGGCGUUGAAUCAGUGACUUACACUCAAGACUCGCAGGGGGUUACUUUAGCAACAGGAGAAAUUAGUAUGAGCAAUACCUCCUCUCAACCAGAUUGGAGGACCAAUUAUCGCGGUGAUUACAAAGAUAAGAACUUAAGACCCAUCUGUACACAGGAUUUAACAUCCUGGGCUUUUCAGGUCGCACGUGGAAUGGAAUAUCUCUCUGAUCGUAAAGUCUUGCAUGGAGAUCUUGCGGCCAGAAAUAUUCUAUUGGCUGAAAAUAAUAUUGUGAAAAUUUGUGAUUUUGGUUUAGCGAAAACAAUGUACAAGGAUAAUAAUUAUAAGAAGAAGGGCGAUGCUCUAUUGCCGAUAAAAUGGAUGGCGAUUGAAUCCAUUCGCGAUAGGGUAUUUUCCACGCAGUCAGAUGUUUGGUCCUUUGGCAUUGUGUUGUGGGAAUUUUUCACAUUAGCACAAACACCAUACUACAGUAUUGACGCUGAGACGCAAUAUCAUAAACUAAUGGAUGGUUACCGAUUGGAACAACCUGAAUAUGCUACAAAAGAAAUGUAUGAUAUUAUGCUGCUCUGUUGGACUGACAGACCAAUUUUACGACCGUCAUUUUCGGAACUAGUCGAUUCCAUUGGUGAUCUAUUGGGGGAAAGUGUGAAGCAGCACUAUAUGGAUCUGAACACACCCUAUCUGCACAUGAAUACAACGGCCCUGGAGGGAAGGAACGACUACCUAAAAAUGAUGGCAGCACCCGAUCAUACACUACUCUCAUCUCCAAGCCACGAUUACGUGAAUGCCCCAAGUAUCGGAGGACGUGGAGAUUCCGCCUACCUCAGUAUGAGUCCUUCCGGCAAGGACGACAUCAUGAUCAACAGUCCAGGACCUGACUUCAAUCACACACACUUUCGAUUUCCAACUCCAGUUAAUAAUAAGUCUGAUUCGGAACCGGAGGAAAUUGUCGAAUCCUCACCAAUGCUCCAGGAUGAUGACGAUGAUGAUCCCUACCUCAAGCCAAUAAAUAUUCACGAACAACGAGCAAGAUUCGUCAAGGAGCAACAAUCCCGAAGGAGGAAACCCGAAAAACCCGAUCCCAAUUUAGGCUACUGUAAUACUUCCACCAUUGGAAGUAUCGCUCGAUCAGUGGACGAUGAAAAAGAAGACGAAGUUGAUUAUCAGGAGAGGAAAAACGGUAAUACAGUAGUGCCAUCGAUUAUACGCACCCAGGACAAUUAUGUCAAUAUGCCGAAGCAAAAAAGUGAUUUACGAAAGGAUCUUCCGGCCGGUACGUCUGUUCAAUCAUUCUCUAAUCCAAGUUACAUUUUUAUGGAUCAGAAGGACAACGACGAAGUUGAUGUUUAAAUAACCCCCUUCCUUUAAAUAAUGUGCCAUCCUAAAAAAUUUAUUUUUUAAGAUUCCUUUAUUUAACUUGACAAUGUUUCGACAACUUGAAGAGUGGCUGUGAAUGUUUAUGGAUAGUGAAACGCCCCAUUUGACAUUAAAAAAAAAAUCACAUUCGUCAAUCCCACCGAACAGAAAUCGAAAUUAAUUAAUUGACUUUUAGUUAAUUUAGAAAAUAAAAUAAUGAAGACUGCUGAAAUAUCAUUUGGAAAUAAAAUAAGGCCAAAGAUUUGUUCAUAAAUCGAAAAGAAAUUACUCAUGAGUAAUUUCUCAUGAUAUAGAAAAAAAUUCUUGAUCAACAAACUGGGUUUUCACUUUUUCAUGUAAGUGACAAAACAAAAAUUGGAGUACUUAAACUUUUUUAUUAUACAGAUUGAGAUUUAUUGACAAAUAAAUUUUAAAAA